AUGCUACAGCAGCAACAAUUCCAGCAGCACACACCACCCUACCACGCGGAUCCCGUGCUCACCCAAAUCCUGCACCAGUUACAGCAACAGCAGUCGGUCAUCACACAGCUCCUCCAGAAACAUCAGGAAGUUACACCACCUGCACAUCUGUCGAACCUAGAACUCGUCAUUGAAUCUUUGGCCAACAGCAUAGCAGAGUUCCGCUACGAGCCUGAGCACAACAUAACCUUCACAGCCUGGUUCACCCGUUAUGAAGAUCUCUUCGCCAGGGAUGCAGCUCGGCUUGAUGACAGCGCCAAGGUUCGAUUGCUGCUUCGCAAGAUCGGAACGUCUGAACACGACAGAUACACCAGCUAUAUCCUCCCGAAGGCACCCAAAGAUGUAAGUUUUUCCGAAACAGUAACCCGGAUGAAAAGUUUAUUUGGCACUCCUCAAUCCAUCAUAAGUAGGAGGUACCAAUGUCUCCAGGUAUCCAAGCAACCUUCGGAGGAUUACAAAUCAUUUACGUGUCGUGUGAAUAGACUGUGUGUAGAAUUUGAACUAGGGAAGAUGUCGGAAGACCAGUUCAAAUGUCUCAUGUUUGUGUGUGGCCUUAAGGCGGAAAACGACGCGGAAAUGAGAACCAGGUUGCUCUCCAGGAUUGAAGAGAGGAACGAUAUCAGUCUGGAACAAGUUUCGGACGAGUGCCAACGGUUGCUCAACAUCAAACACGAUGCGGCCAUGAUAGAGGGUGCUCCAUCGUCAGCAGCAGUCCGAGCGAUCAGGGGGAAGAAGACGUUUGAGAAACGAUUUCCGAAACCUUCAUUCUCACCGCCGCGUUCCAGUAAAGAAAGUGGAUCCCGACCAACAUCUCCAUGUUGGAAUUGUGGCUCCAUGCAUUAUGCUCGCGAUUGCCAUUUCAUCAAGCAUAAGUGCACCAACUGUGGCCAAUUUGGUCACAAAGAUGGCUACUGUUCCAGUGCGAAGAAGGCCAAACGUCCUGGUAAACGCGAUAAAUUUCGACCAGCAACGAGAAGCCUGCAAGUGAAACAUGUGCGUCAUAGAAGGAAGUUUGUCCCGGUCGUGAUCAACAACCAAACAGUGAGGCUUCAGUUGGACACAGCUUCUGACAUUAGCAUUGUGUCCGAGGCUACAUGGCAGCUCAUCGGGAAACCAGAAUGCCGCAGGUCGAUGGUUACAGCAUCAACAGCUUCCGGAAAACCACUUAAGCUCCAAUCAGAAUUCUCCUGUGAUUUCACGAUAAAUGGUGUCACUCGUACUGGAAAGUUUUACAUCGUGAAGCAGCAGCUGAACUUGCUCGGUCUCGAUAUUAUCGAGGCAUUCAACCUGUCGUCCUUACCCAUGGAAAGUUUUUGCAAUCAAGUUACCAGUGGACAAGCCAACGUACAGUCCCUGAAAGAAAAGUUCCCUACCGUGUUCAGUGAUGUUCCGGGACUUUGCACAAAAACAAAGGUGAGGCUUACACUGAAGGAAGGAAGUGUUCCUGUCUUCCGGCCAAAACGACCGGUGGCAUACGCCAUGUGUAGCAUCGUCGACAGCGAACUCGACCGGCUGGAGAAACUUGGCAUAAUCUCUCCUGUCGAGUAUUCUGAGUGGGCGGCUCCGAUUGUAGUUGUUAGGAAAGCGAGCGGGGCAAUCAGAAUAUGCGGCGAUUAUUCGACGGGACUCAAUAAUGCACUCAAACCCCACCAGUACCCACUCCCACUACCUCAGGACAUCUUCUCUAAACUGGCGACAUGUAAAAUAUUCAGCCAGAUCGACUUAUCUGAUGCGUUCCUGCAGGUAGAAGUGGACGAAAGUUCGAGAGAAAUGCUGACCAUCAACACACACCGGGGCUUAUACCGCUUCCAUCGAUUGUCCCCGGGCGUGAAGGCAGCUCCAGGGGCCUUUCAACAGCUUGUGGAUACCAUGCUCGCCGGACUGGAGUGCACUUCAGGGUAUCUUGACGAUGUCCUAAUUGGCGGCAAGACCGAAGCCGAACACGACCGAAACCUGCAACAUUUUCUGCAACGAGUCCAAGAAUUUGGGUUCACCAUCAAGCUGGAAAAAUGCUCUUUCGGCCAAUCCCAAAUUAAAUAUUUGGGACAUCUCAUCGAUCAACAUGGUAUUCGUCCAGAUCCGAGCAAAAUCACAGCCAUCCGCAACAUGCCAGCUCCUUCAGACGUAUCCGGGGUUCGCUCAUUCUUGGGUGCCAUUAACUAUUAUGGCAAAUUCGUUCCGGCCAUGCGAACUCUCCGGUACCUACUGGACGAUCUACUGAAAGAAGACAAGAAAUUCAUCUGGUCCAAGGAGUGUCAAACGGCGUUCGACAAGUUCAAGCAGAUCCUUUCGUCGGACAUUCUGCUCACACACUACGACCCAAACCUCCCGAUUGUGGUAUCAGCGGACGCCUCUUCCGUUGGCAUUGGCGCCACCAUCAGCCACAAAUUUCCAGAUGGAUCAAUCAAGGUAGUCCAGCAUGCAUCACGAGCUCUAACCCCAGCGGAGCAAAAAUAUAGUCAGCCGGACCGCGAAGGGUUAGCUCUUGUUUAUGCCACAACAAAGUUCCACAAAAUGGUAUUUGGAAGAAGAUUCACCCUGGAAACCGACCAUGCACCGCUCCUGCGUAUUUUCGGAUCCAAAUCCGGAAUCCCUGUGUACACCGCCAACAGGCUCCAACGGUGGGCUCUUCAGCUUCUUCUGUAUGAUUUCCACAUCGUUUACGUCAACACCGAAAAGUUCGGGAACGCAGAUGUUUUAUCCCGACUCAUUGGAAAUCAUGCCAAACCCGACGAAGAUUUCAUCGUAGCCAGCAUUGCAGUGGAAAAUGAUGUAAGAUCAAUCGCAUUAGAUACGCUAAAAAUCCUUCCUCUUUCUUUUAGAGUUGUCCAGCGAACUACCCAAUUCGAUUCAGUGUUACGAAAAGUUGCCAACUAUAUACGGCAAGGUUGGCCUCAGUCAAAAUCGGCCAUUUCGGAUUCGGAGAUUCGUCGUUUCUUUGACAGACGGGAAGCACUUUCCCUCAUCGACGGAUGUGUAAUGUUCGCUGAGCGACUCGUAAUGCCCUCGGAAUACCGCCAACGAUGCCUUCGCCAGAUACACUGCGGUCACCCGGGCAUUCAACGUAUGAAGAGGAUUGCUCGAAGCUAUGUGUAUUGGCCCUCAAUCGAUGCCGAUAUUGAAAACUACGUGGCAACAUGGAAACCUUGUGCAUCGGUUGCCAAAAGUCCUACGAAACAGCAACCACUACCAUGGGCCAAAUCGACGGUUCCGUGGCAGCGAGUACAUACAGACUACGCUGGCCCUAUCGAAGGUGAAUAUUAUUUACUGGUUGUCGACUCCUACAGUAAAUGGGUAGAAAUAGUACGCACCAAAUCCAUCACGUCUUCCACUACCAUCGCAAUUCUCAGAAGUUUAUUUUCUCGGUUGGGUAUGCCAUGUACGUUGGUGAGUGAUAAUGGUACCCAAUUUACCAGUGGAGAAUUUGCUACAUUUUGCAUCGAGAACGGAAUUGACCACGUCACAACUGCACCAUUCCACCCACAGUCCAACGGCCAAGCCGAAAGGUACGUUGACACUUUCAAAAGAGCUAUUAAAAAAAUCCGAGAAGGAGGAGGAAGUAUAACGGAAGCUCUAGACGUUUUUCUACUAACGUAUAGAACAACGCCCAAUGCAUCAGUGUAG